GACUAUAAUAUUGUACAGUUAUUAUAGGGCUUUUGGGGAAGGGGAGGAUAGCGAGAAGAUGCUCUGGGGGUUUUGUUUUUGCUUUUCCUUCAGGGUUUUAUUUUUGAUUGUUUUGUUUUCUUGUUGGCCAUUUCUGUAUUGCUGGCAUCUGUGCUAAGCUUUACAGUGGCAAAAAUAAUGACAUGUAGCAAAGAUUUUCAAACAAAAUAUUUUUUCCUUUUGUAAAAUUUCUUGUGUUGUGUGAUCUUGAUUGCGGCUUUAUCAUUCCUUUCCAGUUCAUAAACAACAGGCACCCACAACUAGAGGAAUCUAUAGUUUAAGCUCCAGACAUACAAACAUAAGGCACAUUGUGUCUUUAAUUUCAGGAAUCAGAAAUCAUAGGGUUCUGAUCACAUUGCACGCCUCCCCCCUCACUUGUCCUCCUGAUCCUGACACAUUCUGAGUAACAUCAGCAGGAAUGCUCUGACCAUGAGGUGGGGGUUUUGGGGUGGGCGUUGCCUGGGUUCUUGGGAGAGAGGGGAAGAGUUGGGACUUGAAAACCACUAGGGCACAUCUGGAUGCCUUCCCCCAGUAUGUCCUUUUCUGGAUUAAAAUGAGUGAAAUUUAAACUGUUCAAGUCUGGACCUGGUUUCCCUCUAGGAGACUAUGUUGGUUCAUUAGCAACUUUUUUUUUUUCUUUUUGUGUGUGUGUGUGUGUGAGAGAUGGAGUCUCGCUCUGUUACCCAGGCUGGAGUGCAGUGGCAUGAUCUUGGCUCACUGCAACCUCUGCCCCUUGGGUUCAAGCAAUUCUCCUGCCUCAGCUUCCCAAGUAGCUGGCACUACAGGUGUGUGCCACCAUGCCCAGCUAAUUUUUGUGGUUUUUUUUUUUAGUAGAGAUGGGGUUUCACUAUAUGUUGGCCAGGCUAGUCUGGAACUCCUGACCUUAGGUGAUCCACGUGCUUUGGCCUCCCAAAGGCCUGGGAUUACAGGCGUGAACCACCGCGCCUAGCCUGUUAGCAGCUCUUAAAAUCCAGAGGCAUAAGCCUGUAUUUUGAGGGUUUAUGCAUGGAAUCCAGCUAGAAACUGAGUCUAUUACAGAUCCCAUUUAUUAUCCUUUCUAUUCCAAGAAGCCUUUUUUUCUCCUUCCCCACAUCUGUUUAUGGAAGAAAAUGAAGUUUGGGGUGUGGUUUGAGGACUCAGCUAGAUUCUUAUGAUCUGUCACAUGCUUGGAUGUUGGGGAAGCAUUUGGAGAAGCUCAUGUGACUUGUCCUAGAUUGGGGAUUUUAAUUGAGACAGAUGAUGUUUAUCGGGCAUCCCACCACCUGAGAGUUUUAGCAACAGAGUCACAUGUGAGUCCAUCAGAACUUACUUCAUUGAUUCAAUAGCUGUCAUAAAUAACCAGGACUGCUGUUUUUGGUUACUUUUAAAGACAGUUUCAUCUGGACUUUCUGGGCAUAUCCUCCUUCAGCAAAACCACAUUAGGCUGGGAAAACUAUUCUGCCUGGAAGUAAUGACAACUUGCAACCAACAAGCUUAUAAAAAUACAAAGAAUUCUGGAGCCUAUGGCUUCCAUUACAUUACUCUUUUAUAGCCUUUUAUGUUCAUUACUGCAUCCCAGAGGUGAGAGUCAGACACAAAUUUGAAAAUAGGUUUCAAUGUUGGAGAGGUAAAUCCUAACAGGAAAGGGGUAGGAAAAGAUAUAAUCCCCCAAUAUUAAAAUAAAGAUAUUGAAGAAGAAGGAUGGGAGAGACUAGGGCUGUGUCCUUCCUUUUACUCACCAAAAGAGAAAGUAAGCUCCUAUUUGAGUCAAUAGAUAUUGAGGUCUUGUUAUUUGCCACCAAAGACAGUCUUGUGAGACUAAAUACCUAGUAAUUCCCUACCCUGGCACACAUGCUGCAUACACACAGAAACACUGCAAAUCCACUGCCUCCUUCCCUCCUCCCUACCCUUCCUUCUCUCAGCAUUUCUAUCCCCGCCUCCUCCUCUUACCCAAAUUUUCCAGCCGACCACUGGAGCUGACUUCCGCAAUCCCGAUGGAAUAAAUCUAGCACCCCUGAUGGUGUGCCCACACUUUGCUGCCGAAACGAAGCCAGACAACAGAUUCCCAUCAGCAGGAUGUGGGGGCUCAAGGUUCUGCUGCUACCUGUGGUGAGCUUUGCUCUGUACCCUGAGGAGAUACUGGACACCCACUGGGAGCUAUGGAAGAAGACCCACAGGAAGCAAUAUAACAACAAGGUGGAUGAAAUCUCUCGGCGUUUAAUUUGGGAAAAAAACCUGAAGUAUAUUUCCAUCCAUAACCUUGAGGCUUCUCUUGGUGUCCAUACAUAUGAACUGGCUAUGAACCACCUGGGGGACAUGACCAGUGAAGAGGUGGUUCAGAAGAUGACUGGACUCAAAGUACCCCUGUCUCAUUCCCGCAGUAAUGACACCCUUUAUAUCCCAGACUGGGAAGGUAGAGCCCCAGACUCUGUCGACUAUCGAAAGAAAGGAUAUGUUACUCCUGUCAAAAAUCAGGGUCAGUGUGGUUCCUGUUGGGCUUUUAGCUCUGUGGGUGCCCUGGAGGGCCAACUCAAGAAGAAAACUGGCAAACUCUUAAAUCUGAGUCCCCAGAACCUAGUGGAUUGUGUGUCUGAGAAUGAUGGCUGUGGAGGGGGCUACAUGACCAAUGCCUUCGAAUAUGUGCAGAAGAACCGGGGUAUUGACUCUGAAGAUGCCUACCCAUAUGUGGGACAGGAAGAGAGUUGUAUGUACAACCCAACAGGCAAGGCAGCUAAAUGCAGAGGGUACAGAGAGAUCCCCGAGGGGAAUGAGAAAGCCCUGAAGAGGGCAGUGGCCCGAGUGGGACCUGUCUCUGUGGCCAUUGAUGCAAGCCUGACCUCCUUCCAGUUUUACAGCAGAGGUGUGUAUUUUGAUGAAAGCUGCAAUAGCGAUAAUCUGAACCAUGCGGUUUUGGCAGUGGGAUAUGGAAUCCAGAAGGGAAACAAGCACUGGAUAAUUAAAAACAGCUGGGGAGAAAACUGGGGAAACAAAGGAUAUAUCCUCAUGGCUCGAAAUAAGAACAACGCCUGUGGCAUUGCCAACCUGGCCAGCUUCCCCAAGAUGUGACUCCAGCCAGCCAAAUCCAUCCUGCUCUUCCAUUUCUUCCACGAUGGUGCAGUGUAACGAUGCACUUUGGAAGGGAGUUGGUGUGCUAUUUUUGAAGCAGAUGUGGUGAUACUGAGAUUGUCUGUUCAGUUUCCCCAUUUGUUUGUGCUUCAAAUGAUCCUUCCUACUUUGCUUCUCUCCACCCAUGACCUUUUUCACUGUGGCCAUCAGGACUUUCCCUGACAGCUGUGUACUCUUAGGCUAAGAGAUGUGACUACAGCCUGCCCCUGACUGUGUUGUCCCAGGGCUGAUGCUGUACAGGUACAGGCUGGAGAUUUUCACAUAGGUUAGAUUCUCAUUCACGGGACUAGUUAGCUUUAAGCACCCUAGAGGACUAGGGUAAUCUGACUUCUCACUUCCUAAGUUCCCUUCUAUAUCCUCAAGGUAGAAAUGUCUAUGUUUUCUACUCCAAUUCAUAAAUCUAUUCAUAAGUCUUUGGUACAAGUUUACAUGAUAAAAAGAAAUGUGAUUUGUCUUCCCUUCUUUGCACUUUUGAAAUAAAGUAUUUAUCUCUUGUCUACAGUUUAAUAAAUA